AUGACUGCAGUGUUUCGAAUGUUGGCGUACAGUUCACCAGCAGAUUCCACUGAUGAGUAUGUCAAAAUAGGGGUGUCCACAGCUAUAGAUACCGUUAUCUUCGAUCACCAAACGCUAACGAUGUUGCACGGCUACACCACAUUGGUGAAAGCCGAGGAUUUUCAGUCAAGAUUUGCAAUUGUGAACGGACCAUCACGCUUUUGGAGUAAGAGAGUGUUGCAUGAUAUAAUGCAUAAUAUGAUCAUAGAGGAAGAACGUGAUGUCGAUGCAAUAAUUGAAGAACGAACCGAAGUCCCAUCUACUGAAGUUGAGAUAGAGAGUAAUGAAGAUUCAAGAUUUGCAAUUGUGAACGGACCAUCACGCUUUUGGAGUAAGAGAGUGUUGCAUGAUAUAAUGCAUAAUAUGAUCAUAGAGGAAGAACGUGAUGUCGAUGCAAUAAUUGAAGAACGAACCGAAGUCCCAUCUACUGAAGUUGAGAUAGAGAGUAAUGAAGAUGUUCGAUUUCAAGAAUUCUUAGCUCGACACAGGAAAGUCAAGGACUGA